AUGAUGGCAACCGGCUAUCCACAACAUCCUGGAGGGCCCCAGCAUCUGGGUAUGCCUCAUGCCCAGCAAAUGGGUCCCGGGGGUCCAAAUCCGGGCCAGCAUCUAGGACAAGCAAUGCAGAUGCAUCCAGGCGUGUCAGGGUCGAAUGGACCGCACGUUAGCCAGGCGGGAGCUAUGAUGCCAGGCAUGCAGCAGGGCGUCGGCCCCAAUGCACAUGCGCUGUCUCAUUUGACCCCGCAGCCGCACAUGUUCCCGCAGCAGCAACAGCAAAUGCAAAUGAACCCUGCCCUGGUACAACAGCAGCAAAACCAAGCACAGCAGCAGGCUUUCCUCCGUCAGCGGCAACAACAGCAGCAGAUGGCCUUUCAACAGCAGAACGGCAUCGGCAUGGGGUUCCCGGGCGGUAUGAACCCCCAAAUGUCCGCGCAGGUGGCUGCUAUGCAGGGAAAUCCUCCUGGAAAUUUCCCUAUCAAUCGGGUAGAUCUCCCUCCACAUAUGCAGCAACAACUCCUCCAGCAGAGACAGAUGCAGCAGCAGCAAGCUCAAGCCCACGCUCAGGCUCAGGCCCAAGCGCAGCAACAGGCUGUUUCUCAGCAGCAGCAGCAGCAGCAAAUGCAUCAACACCUAGCAAUGCAGCACGCACAGUCUCAAUCAAGUAAUCCGGGGCAACAAGGUCCUCAAGGCCCUCAAACGAGUCAGCCACAACAAGGCCCAUUACGUCCGCCAUCACAGAUGAGCGUUCACGAGGGGCAUUCUUCUCCAGCACCCCCUCCAAAUCCUCAGCAAUCGCAGCCACCGCAAGCUCAACCUCCACAGGCGCCAAACCAACCCCCAAACUUACAGCAGCAAAAUUCGCAGCAGCAACACCCCCAAAAUGCUCAACAGAUGCAAAGGCCGCAACAACCCUUAAACCAACAACAGGUAGCUGUCCAGGCGAUGAUGCGACGGCAGCAAGAAGCUCGACAACAGCAAGGGCAAGGUCAAGCUGGUCAAACAAUACUCAAGCUCCUGUUGUUUUUGGAUCAUCUGUCUCGAUUCUCAACUACCCGCCAAGAGAACAACAUUUCUCACUGGAAUGCGUUUGUGAGCAAGUUCUUUUCUCCUGAGGGAGAAUUCAAACACACCCUCUACGACCGAUCUGGGGGCAAAACAAAACAGUUUCCUGUCAGCUUCGCCGCACUGCCUCGGUACUUCUAUGUGCAAUUUGAUAGCGGUGUUGAGAAUAUGCAAAUCACUAUCGACGGGGCGUCAGAAAAGGCAGUGGGAACGGACUCCAACUACGUUGAGAGUCACAGAGCCAAGAUCAUCUAUUCGUUCCAAAAUGGCACGCAGCUUGUGGCCCCUGGAAAACUCUCAGCUAUCUACAGUCAGUCCAAUCAGCAGAACGAGCCCAAAUUAGACUUGCUAUCCUUUGAGACAAGCGAACAUCAGGAGUAUAUACCCCGCAAGACAUUGGAACGGUUAUUUACGCAACCGUCGCCGAGCCAAUUGAGCCAGACACAGUCUCCUCGAAUGACAAACAAGCCGAAUGCCAAGCAGCGCAACCAGCAACGCCAAUUGCAAAAGCCCGACGUCCCUCCCGAGCCUUUUCUCAAUUUGUCCGAUCUACCGCAAGCACCUAUCGAUGACUUUGGCGUAACUGCAAAGACGCUACAGUACCUGGAGAUUGGAGAAACGUUUUCCCACAUGAACCAGCUCAUCCUAUACGCUCAGGACCACCCUGAGCUCACGCCAGCUGGAGCGCUCAACAGUCUCCUCGCCUCGCUGCCGCCGAAGCAAUUCUCCCAACAACCCAGUCAACAGCAACAAGGCAAUAUACCACCUAAUCAAGCUCAGCUGCUCCAGCAACAACAGCAACAGAACCUUCCACCAGGCUCACGUACCCCAUCUGGUACGGGGCAAGCUGGUGGUCCAAAUCAUCAAUUCAUGUCUCCAGCAAUGGCCAACCUCGGAUUACCCGGAGCUAUCAACGGGUCACCACAUCUCAUGCAGAACAGUCACACGCCAUCACCUGCCCAGACUCAUAUGGCUAAACAGCACAGCCAGCAAGGAACCAAUAGUUCUGCGACAGCCAGCGCAAACACAUCACCCAACGUUAGCAACAAACGACGGAGAAGCAACGUCAAGAUGGAGACUGACGAUGGAGGUGGUGGUGAGGUCAACGGCGCGGGCGGCGGCCAGAAGGUGAAGGCGAGCCCUCGUGUUGGUGGGAACAAGCGAGUGAAAGGGAACGGUUGA